CCAUCCCGCGCUUCCCACUAGCGCCCCAACCUCAUUGGCGUCGCUCAGCCUCAGAGCCCGCGAACGGCUACGCCCGAUCACCAACACCAACACUAUCCUAGAGGAACGCUAGCCACCUGCAUCCGCAGCGCCACCGUGUUAGCUGGUCGGCGAUUUGGACGUUGUUCUCUGCACCGCUGUUAGUAUCCACCUUCUCCCCACUGUUGAGUCUGGGUUUAUGAAAUAUGAGAUAAGAAUUGGCUGGUGGCAAUGUUCUGGUGGAUGAUAUUUGCAUUAUUGCUGCUUGGCGCCUGUCCUGAGUUGGUUGCUCAAUGAAGGAUGAUUAUGAAUGCCUAGGUGGAUGAAACCUGCGGGUCUGUUCAAUUGCCAGCUUUGAUUUACUUGGCGUCAGAAACUUUGAAGAAUGAUAAAAGAUUAGUGGCUAUGGCAAGGUUUGUGCGUCCUAAGAAUGAUGGUGAAUUGAGUCCAAACCUCUAUGUUGCAAACUGUGGCCCAGCUGUGGGACUUUCUCAUGAUGCUAUUGCAUCUGUGUUUAGUGAAUUUGGGGAUGUAAAGGGAGUUUAUGCAGCAGAUGAGAGUGGUACCCGUGUCAUUGUAUCUUUUUCUGAAGAAAGUUCUGCCAAAGCUGCCUUAAAGGGAUUAAAUGGAGUUCCGUGUUCCAAACUUGGAGGCCGAUCUUUACAUAUUCGUUACUCAAUGCUUCAGCCUGUUUCACAGAGUCAGGUAAAUAACUUGGUUCCUGUGUCUAUCACAGCCUCAGAUCUUGGCAUUCCAGGCCUUUACCUUGUGCAUGACUUCAUUAGUACUAAGGAAGAGAAGGCAUUGCUCCAAGAAGUUGACUGCAGACCUUGGAAUCAUCUUUCCAAAAGAAGGGUUCAACACUAUGGUUAUGAGUUUUGUUAUGAUACAAGGAAUGUUAAUACAAAGCACCGCUUGGGUGAACUUCCAUCAUUUGUUUUCCCCAUACUUGAAAGGAUCUCAUCAUUCCCAACUCUCAGGAAUGCUGAAAAUGUAGUUUUGGACCAACUUACGGUAAAUGAGUACCCUUCUGGUGUGGGCUUGUCCCCUCACAUAGACACCCAUUCUGCAUUUGAAGAUUUAAUUUUCAGCCUUUCAUUAGCUGGGCCUUGUAUAAUGGAGUUCAGGAGAUAUGCAAAUGGUGAUUGGGUUCCCAGAGUUGCCUCAGAAGUGGAAAGUCCAGAGGAUGAUCUAAAUUUUAUUCGGAAGGCUAUCUAUCUUCCCCCUCGAUCUAUGCUACUGAUGUCUGGAGAAGCGCGAUAUGCAUGGCACCAUUACAUUCCUCACCACAAGAUUGACAAGGUGAAUGAGAGAGUUAUCAGAAGAGCUUCAAGAAGGGUAUCUUUUACUUUUCGAAAGGUCAGAACAGGUGCUUGCAAUUGCGAAUUCCCUCAAUGUUGUGACUCUCAAAGAUAGGAAGGUUGGCUUUCACCAAAUUUGACGAGGAAGACAAAUUGGGCAUCGUUUUUGUCUGGCCAGAAGGUAAUCAUCUUCCUGAUUGAUUUUGUUUGUCAUGCAUAUCAGAUAGACUGCAACACUGAGAAGAUUGAAGAUCAUCAUGCUUUUCUUUUUGUCCAAAUUGGCCUGGAAGAUUAUGAUGCAUCAGCUUUUUAUUUUAUAUUAUUUUUUACCACUCAUGUGGAGUUGUUUAUUUACUAGUGCUGAAGUUAGUCUGGGAGUUCAAUUAUUUUUCUGUUCUAGCCUCACCUUGGCACAGCUUCAUUUUAGGUUCUUUCAGAUUAGCUACUCAACUUGGUACAAGAUACAAAUAUUUACUCAGUAAUUAUACUUUAGCAUGUAGAUCAGGUCUCAUCGUGGGGAGAAAGUACAUCACUCCUCAUCUCAAGGUUUCUAGCAAAAUGAGCAUUAUAAAAAGGAUUCGAAGAAAUCAUUUGUGAUUCAACAAAA